UUUCAGCUCUCAUCCACAAAAUCAAAAGUUUCCGGCUACUGUUUUCCGAUCACAAACUCUUCCGCUUCUCAGUUCUCCCAGUGUUGUGUUAAUCUCGUGUUUGAGCGGCCUUUUGUAUCUCCCAUUCGUUUUUGCUUCAUUUUUAAGGUCGGUACCGGCGCACGCAUUUCCUCUCCUUCUGGAGAAUGGCGUACUCUCUGAGCCACGACCUUGAGUACAUGGUGGAUGACUACUAUGGCGCCAGUGAUUUCGAUUUUGAAGAUAGCAGUGACUCUCCUGGAAGCUCCAGCUUUGAUGAUUCUCAAGAUUCUGACUUGGACGAUGAUUUUGAAGUGAGUGAGUCAAAGACCGAUACUUCGGCUUUAGAAGCCAGGAAUGGCAAGGAUAUCCAAGGGAUUCCGUGGGAACGCCUCAAUUAUACCCGGGAUAGGUACCGCGAGACAAGGUUGAAGCGAUACAAAAACUACGAAAGCCUCUCUCGCUCUCGUCAGGACCUUGAAAAGGAGUACAAGGUAGUUGAGAAAGGAAACAGCUUCUAUGAUUUCCAGUUCAAUACGAGGCUUGUCAAGUCAACCAUUGUGCAUUUUCAGCUCAGGAACCUCUUGUGGUCUACUUCAAAACAUGAUGUGUACCUGAUGCAAAACUACUCAGUAAUGCACUGGUCUUCUCUUCUUAAAAGGGGAAAAGAAAUACUCAAUGUUGCGAAACCACUUGUUCCAACACAGAAAUCCCGUGGGUCCUUGGGCCAGACUCUUUCCAGAGUACAGAUAAGCACCAUGGCUGUGAAAUAUAAUCUAAUGGUGGCAGGUGGUUUUCAAGGGGAGCUUAUCUGUAAGUACCUGAACCAACCUGAAGUUGCCUUUAGCACUAAAAUAACAGCAGAAGAGAGUGCUAUAACUAACGCUGUGGAUAUUUGUAAUAGUCCCAAUGGCUCAAUCAGAGUUAUGGCAGCAAAUAAUGAUGCCAUUGUCAGAGUUUUUGAUGCCCAAAACUUUGCUUGUCUUAACCAUUUCACAUUCCCCUGGUCCGUGAAUAAUACCUCUGUCAGCCCAGAUGGUAAAAUGCUAGCUGUUCUUGGGGACAAUCCUGAAUGUCUGAUCGCCGAUGCUCAAUCAGGAAAGGUAAUCAACAACCUUAAAGGGCACCUAGACUUCUCGUUUGCCUCAGCCUGGCACCCGAAUGGACAAAUCCUGGCGACCGGGAACCAGGACACGACUUGCAGGCUAUGGGAUUUAAGGAACAUGUCAGAGUCCAUGGCAGUAGUGAAAGGGAGAAUGGGAGCUGUUCGGGCCAUCAAUUUCACUUCAGAUGGGCGGUUCAUGGCCAUGGCGGAGGCUGCUGAUUUCGUGCACAUCUUGGAUACCCGGUCCGACUAUGCUGCCGGUCAGGAGAUUGAUCUGUUCGGCGAGAUUGCCGGAAUUUCCUUCAGCCCCGACACUGAAGCUCUGUUCAUCGGAGUUGCUGACCGAACAUACGGAAGCUUGUUGGAGUUCAACAGGAGGCGUUACAGUCACUACAUGGAUUGUUUCUAAACAAUAAUGCAUAGGUAGAUUUUGCAGCUGUAAAAUAUGAGUGGCUUUUGUGGUUAUGUUCUGUGAAUCGGAAAAGAAAUGACGGCCCAUCUGUUUUUAUUGAGGCCGAUAUAGUAGAGAUUAAAGUUUUUGUCAUCCUUUUCUUUUUCUUGUCAAAUAUGCUUGGAUUGAUUUGUGAAGUGAUAAUAGUUGAGAAAUUUUUAGAAUGUAAAUUCGUAAUGUUAUUAAA